AUGCAUAUUGUAAUUCCUGUGACUUCAGUCCAAAUGUAGUGGGCGUUUACCAGGUCGAUGACGGCCUGUCACGUCAGUCGAGCUGAAGGCGGGAUCCCUCUCUCCAGGAAGUGAUCAUUGUUUAUUUCUUUGCAAGGCAUGCGAGGGACCAGAUCACAAAAGCGUAGGUUGUCAUCUCCGGUGUAAAGAAUGGAUGCAACCCAGAUGAUAUGCGACUCAAUCUUGGAGUCAGACGAGGACGAAGAGAAUGCCGAUGCAAGAGCAGAGGCUGGGCCACUGGCGACCCUUCGUGUUUUUAAGAAUAAACAUAUACCUGAGAGAGUGCUACCUUUAUAUUUGGGAGAAAAUGUGCUUGGCCGUGACCCCAGCAGUUGCACCUUGCCCCUUCAUGCCCAGUCGGUAUCUAAGCAGCACACUGCCGUUUCCAUAUCCGUGUUUCCUGCCAGUUCUCGGCGUAUUUGUGCUUCUGUAGAGGCACUAGUGUGGGACAUGGGAAGCAUGAAUGGGACUCGGAAGGGCCGCUUAAAAUUGACUCCACACGUCCGCUAUGCUCUGAGUGAUGGGGACAAUCUGAUGUUGGCGGACAUCCCAUGCCAGUACUCCAGCUGUGUGGACCCAGGGAGUCUUGUGAACACAGGCUCUGGGGUGGCCAUAGAGUCUCAAGUCACCAGAGAAGAUGUCGAGGUACAUACAAAUGGACAUGCUGAGGAACCGACCAGGGCGUCGUUUGGUGAACGUGGAGAGAUUAUGGAGACCCCGGCCAGGACCAAAGUCCUGUCCUUUGAGCAGACCCCCGACCAUCCAGAGGGCAGCCUGGUGCCACAGUCGGACUCGGACUCGGACGAAGAGCGAGGGGGAAAAGACAGAUGGAGGAAGACACUUGUGUCUGGGUCUGACUCUCCUGUAGCCAGUCCUACCUUCCUGAGCCCUACAAACAAAAUCAUCCCAGAAAGCGAAGACGAGAGUCCCAUCACACCUUCUUUGUCUUCCAAACAUCAUCCUGCACGAUGUGUCAGUACCGACAAUGACGAGCAAGACUUUGGUGCUUGGCAGCAGCGACUGAAGAACCAAAAAGCGGCAAAGUUUAACGCCAUUGACGGCAAGGAAGAGGAGGGAGAAGUAUCACCUGAAGGGACCGAGCCAGAGAAGAGUGAAGGAUGUGCACCGGAGAGCCUGGUAAACAGUGUCAGCACCUGGGCAGAAAGUGGGUUAGACCAGCCCGGGCCAGCGCCCCCCUCAGAACUCAUUCAAGUGCUGAACAUGGACAGUGACACCGAUGUGGAGGGAGAGGAGGAAAGCUCGGUGUCAGUAGGUCCUGGGAGCCCAAACCGAACACAACCAGCUCCAACUCCACCUACGGCUAAUGCACCCUCUAGCCAGUUGGGCCAGUUCAUCAUGGACAGUGACACAGAUGUCGACGAUGAAGACGAUGGCGUUGAUGCCUCGAGGGCGACGACGGCCGGUGAAGCAAGCGCCACAGAGUCCCCCGCUGAGGUUCCGGUCGCACAGCAGACGGACAGCGACACAGACGUGGAAGGCCAUGAUAAUGAUGAUAAUGAUGAUGAUGAUGAGCCAGACGGGGUAAGCAAGGCGACACCCGCGUCGCCUCAGAGUGAAAACACGGCGGCGUCGCGGGCCGGUUCCAUAGAGCCGCCAGACUUCCACCUGGAGAGCGACACGGAUGUGGAGGAGGAGGGGGAGGGGGAGGGCGAUGACGCCGUCCCAAAGAGCGCGCCUGCUAAGGCAGAAGCAGAGUCCCGUGGAGUUGUGUUUGCUUCCGCUGCCCCGCCGAACUUCGACUCGGGCAGCGACACGGACGACGAUUUCCUCCUCCGCGAGGUAAAUAGCGGCCCCUCGAGCGAGGCUGCCCCCCCAACACCGGCCCCCGCUGCGGACCCCGGCGCUCACCUGGACAUCCUGUCGGACAGCGAUACCGAUGUGGAGGAGGACUCCCCUCUGAUCCCAUCCGUCGUCGCCUCGGCGGUAAAUGCCGGGCCGAAGUCAUCGCCCCCCCCGUCCUCAGCUGGUCCUGUUUCCCAGGCCGCAGCCCUGGGGCCCGACUCUGACGCGGAUACGGACGUGGAGGAGAUCAGCAGCAGCCCCGGGGGGGUGGACGUCAGCACGAAACCGGCUGACGGCAGGAUGGACAGUGACACGGACCUGGAGGAGGAGGGCGGAGAAGGGGGGACGGAGGGAGGCCCGGUGUCGUCUUCCUCUGACGAGAAGGACCAGGGGCACAGAGCCUCCUUGCAGCGCUGUUCAACUCCGAUGGAACUGUCAGGACUAGCUGUCGCAGAGAUGGAAACUCAGGAAUAUCUCUGUCCCUCGAUAGAUCCAUUCAAAUGCCCCAGGGUUCCAGCCCUCAGACCCAUGGUGUCAUUGUCCUGCUCAGACAGCCAGGGGGAAGACGACUUUGUUGUGGCCGAGACCCAGUCCUUCAUAGUGGCCGAGCGGGACCAGCAAUCCAGUCCCUCGAGGAACUACACCCUGGAUGAAACCCAGCCCUUCAUCCCACAGGGCACAUCCAAGGAUGAGGAUGGUUUGUCUGACAGCCUCCACCUGCAAGCCAAGGAUCAAGCUUUAGCUAUAGAGAGCACCCAAGCCUUUAUCCUCCCAGAUGUGAACCUGGAGGCUACCCAAGAUUACGCGACCCCUCCCUCUCUGGACAGGAGCUCCAUGGAGCUGAACUCAGAGCUGGAGGCCACCCAGAGCUACCUAGGGAGUGCGGGGUCCAGCGGUCGCUCCCCUGGCUCCGGGAUCAAGCGUCCGUUGGAUAUCGCACUGGAGGCAACGCAGGCGUUCAUCCCGGAGUCUCUCGGCGAUGUGGAUGCUGUAGAGGUGAAUGAAGUGGGCACAAUGGAUAUUGCUUCCGCCGAAACUCAGCUGAUGGACUUCCCCUCUGGAUACACGCUUGCCAUGGCCGAGACCCAACCGAUGUGUGAACUGCAGGAAGAUGACAGAGAAGAAGUACAGGGGGAGCAAGCUGGAGCGGUAUCGUUGGGGGCCAACUCUCUCUCCUCGGCUGAAACACAGCCGAUGGCUACGUCCGGAGAUGAGGAUGAGGAUUCUGUUCCAGCUCCGCGCAAAAGAAGAGCCCGGAGGCUCGUUGAAGAGGAGGACACGCAGGUUAUGACCGGUUCGGGGCCGACUGCAGCCGGAACCCAGCCUGUUUCUUCCACAAGUAGUGAUGAGAGUGAGGAAGAAGAGGACGAACGCCCGGUCCUCAAACAAAUACGAUCAAGGAACCAAAGAAGGCUACACGGUGAAACCAGCAUGCGUGCUACCGCUGCAGGUCCAGCACCAGAAGCAGACUCUGACACAGCUCAGCAAGCGACAGGACGGCCUAGGAGAGGGAGAGGCCGAAAGCCUGGAGCUGCAACCAGUAGAGGAGGGAGAGAGGAGGAGGAGAAGGAGGAGGAGGAGGAGGAGGAGCAAGAGCCUCAGCCUCCAGAAUCUCUGAGGAGCAUGGGAUCAAAGGGAAAAGCCUCUCUCUCCACCAGAGGAGGAAGAGGGGAUGUCAUGCCAGAGGAGGGGAGGGGAGAGGAGGAGGAGACAGAGGCUGAUCAGGUGAGGCAGGGCGGGAGGAGGACAACUAGACAACCACGGGAAAAUGCAAGAGGAAAGAAAGAAAGGCUUGAGAGGGAAAGAAAAGAGCAAGCAGAAAAUGAGAGGAUGCUACAGGAGCAGGAAGAACAAGUGAAGAUGGAGCAAGCUUUGAGGGAAGAAGAGGAGAAGCAGAGGAUGGAGAGGGACCAAAGGGAGAAGGAAGAACAGGAGAGACUGGAGCGGGACAGAGAGGAGAGGGAGAGAUUGGAGGUGGAGGAAAAAGAAAGACUAGAGAGGGAAAGAAAGGAACAAGAAGAAAAAGAGAGAUUGAAACGAAUACAAAGGGAAAAGGAAGAACAAGAAAGACUGCAGCAUGAAAAGAAAGAAAGGGAGGAGAGGGAGAGAUUAGAGAUGGAAGAAAAAGAACGAGUAGAGCGGAAACAAAAGGCCCGAGAAGAAAAAGAGAGAUUGGAAAAGGAAGAACACGAUAAACUGGAGCGUGAAAAGAAAGAAAUGGAAGAGAGAUUGGAGAAGGAAGAGCAAGAGAGACUGGAAUGUGAAAAGAAAGAAAGAGAAGAGAGAUUGGAGAAGGAAGAGCAGGAGAGAAUAGAGAACCAACGAAAGGAGCGAGAAAAAAAAGCGAGAUUGGAACAAAUACAAAAGGAAGAAGAAGAAAGAUCGGAGCAGGAAAGAAAAGAGCAAGAGGAGAGGGCGAGAGAAGAACAAGAGAGAUUGGAGAAAGAAAGAAGAGAACUGGAAGAAACAGCAAGGUUGGAACGUGAAGAGAAGGAACUCAGAGAGAAGGAGAGAUUACAACUAGAAGAAAAGGAGAGGGGAAGAAAGGAACUAGAAGAAAAAGAGAGAUUAAAGAGAGAAAAAAGGGAGCAGGAAAGGGAGAGAUUGAGACGUGAGAAGGACGAAAGACAACAGAAGGCGGCGUUGGAACGAGAAGAGAGAGAGAAGUGGAGAAGGGCGCAGGAAGAAGAGGCAGGCCGGGCACGACUAGAGACUGAGAAAAGAGCAAGGGAAGAGAUGGACAGACGUGAUGAAAGGGAGCGAUUGAUGAGGGAGGCCCUGGAGAGACAGCUGCUAGAGCGACAACAGACAGCCCAGGCACAGAGUGACCAGCAGACACCCAGAACCACCAGGGGUCGGAGAGCCACCAGAACCAGCGCCGCCGCCCCGCCUGAGCCCGCCCCGGAGACGGAACAUGGGCCCGCCUCCAGAACCAGGUCCCGCUCCAACUCAUCCAACUCGGUCAGCUCAGAGAGGUCCGCCUCCAGCGCCACGGCCCAGGAGAGCGGGCGCGGCCGGGGCCGGGGCCGGGGAGCCAAGAAGACCCACCCUCCGUCCGUGGGGGCUGGGACCUCCGCCAGGGAGAGCAGGAGAUGCAGGACGGUCACCGGUGACGCCCCGGCCGAGAGCAGCGAUCCGGGCCGCUCCACCAGGUCACGGUCCAACUCCACCGAUUCCCUGAGCUCCGAGGUCUCGGCCUGCAGAGGCAGAGGGGCCAGAGGAGCCGGGAGAGGGAGAGGCAGGAAGACCUCGCCGGCCCCGGAGACCAACCCCCAGCCCUCCAGCAGUGGUCAGAGCGAGGUGGCCCCGGCCCCCAGGGCCUCCGCCAGAGGCAGGAGAACGAAGGGACCCGAUGCCACCGCUGUCGAUGGGGGAGGAGACGGGGAAGAGGAGCCAGUCUCUCAGCCGGCUGCCACCACUAGGGGGCACAGGCGAACCAACGCAGCACAACCUGGAGCCGUUGGUGCAGAGGAACGAGAGGGCACCCCAGAAGACUCAACUCUGGUAGCACGUAGCACCGCUGGCAGGGGCAGAGGUCGCAGAGCCCAGGUGAAAGCUGAGCCGGCAGUGGCUCCAGUGACCGUCGACAGGACCGAUGUGGGGGAAGACAAUGGUAGUGGAGGAGCGAAGGGGGUGGGGGAGCUUGAGAGUGAGCCCAAAGAGAAGAAACCCGCCCCGGUCCGGAGGGGCAGAGGGUCCGGUGCUCAGGUGAAGAGAAACCCAAAGGAGCCACCUACACAGGAGAUGGUGGUGAAAGAGGAGGAGGAGACUAUUAAGGGGAAGGUUAGGAGAGGUCGACAGUCGGUGGCCAAGAAGGUCAAGAAUGAGGAGGUGGCGGGAGAAGGGGUGGCGCCUGCCCCCCAGGUCGUGGAGAGAGACGCCGGGACCUCGGAGGUGACCCAGACCCCCACUGGGAAAUCUUCCCGGAAGCGAGGCGCGGCUCCGGCGGAGGCCUCUCCCCUGGCCAAGUCUCCCCGUGGCUCCCUGGCCUCCCCUGGGGCCCGGCUGAGGGCCGCCUGCCAACCCUACAAGGUGUUAUUCACAGGGCUGGUGGACGAGGUGGGGGAGGAGGUGGUGGUCCGGCUAGGGGGCAGCCUGGCGCUGGGUGUGUCUGACAUGACCCACCUGGUGACGGACAAGGUGCGCCGCACGGUCAAGUUCCUGUGCGCCAUGGCCAGGGGCAUCCCGGUGGUCACCACCCAGUGGCUGGAGCAGAGUGCAAAGGCUGGUGGCUUCCUGUCUCCUACAGCUUACAUUGUGAAGGACAUGGAGCAGGAGCAGAAGUUUAACUUCCGUCUACAGGAAUCCAUCAGGAUCGCCAGUAUCCAGCCUCUAUUACAGGGAUACCAGAUCCACGUCACCAAGUCGGUGAAGCCGGAGCCGCCGCACAUGUUAGAGAUAAUUUCCUGUUGUGGCGCGAGCUUCCUGGCCAAGAUGCCCUCUUGCAACAAGGAGCAGACGGUGGUGGUGUCCUGUGAGGAGGACUGGCCGCUCUGCGGUCCAGCGCUGGCCGCCUCCCUGCCGGUGGUCAGUGCAGAGUUCCUCCUCACCGGGAUCCUCCAGCAGAAGGCUGACGUGGAGACCCACGCCCUGCCCUCAGCCCCCGCCACGACCGCCCCCCCUCAGCCCGCCAGAGGCAGGGGCCGGAGGAGGACGUAGAGGCCUUGUGGAGACAGAGGUCCCUAGCACAGGCCCUACACGUCGUCCUGAAGGAACGCUGGAUCGAACGCAGCUAGCAUCGCUGCGUUGAGUUAGCCGUAGCUUGGAAUGCCUUGCUGGGCUUCCUACAUGGACUGCAGUUGUAACCUAAUGACUUGGAUCUUUAGCCACGCCAUCUAGAAAGUGAGGGCUUUUGAAAGCCCCCCCACCUCACUCACACCGCGCCACCCGCAUAGGCAAUGAUUGAACAAUAAAAUCACCCUGACCCUUGUUUUUCUGUACAAAUUGUAAGGGACUUUGUAAUCGGUUGAUGUUUUACUGUGCAAACUGCCUUGAUCUUCAUAUUUCCUGAUUGAUUGGAAGGUUAAUGUAGCCUUUUCUGAGAGGGAUGAGGUAUGCUUUGUGCUUUUUUGUAUGAGUGAAUGCAUUCCUAUGCUAAUGUGUAUACAUAAAAUAAAACAGGUAAAGGAAUACAUUUAUAAUGUUUGACAGUGCCUAUCACAUUUCUCUUUGUUUGGCCCCUGUCCCAUGCCUCACAUUGUAAAAAGACCGGGCAAGGGAAAAGUUGGCCUGACCCUACAUUACAAUGACGUUGUAAAACAUUCAUUCCAAUAUUAGUUUUUACAGAUGAACUAUUGCCAUCUGGGAGUAGUACUGAAAAAAAGUUUGAAACCAAGCAUGUUGAAUACUAGGGCCUGUAAUUAAAUGUUUGUUCCAUGUUUCCACUAUUUCUUCAAUGAUAAACCUCAGCACUUAGUAAAGUUGUGGCAAUGCUGUUUAAAAAUCGAAUAAAGGAUUGUAUCAUCUAUCCUCAUUGGUCGCUCGGUUGGUACUUAUUUGAUGUUUCAUUGAUUUUCUUGUCUUAUUUUGCUAUUAAAUAAAAUUAUAUUUGAUAUGAA